CUCACUCAUUUCAAAACAAUCAUCGUUCCAAACAAAACCACUCGUAAUGCCUUCAAAAUCAAGCGUCGGUGCUUUGAAACUAUGCAAACGAACGUACUACUUGCAGAAUGGAACCGUUCCGACUCAAUCGACUAUGCGCCAAGAGCUAGGCUCGGAGAUGGCCAACGUCAUUCUGGAGUGUAUGAGUCCGGCAUGUCAAGCAUGGAUGGGAGUUGAUCGUAGGCUUCGAGGUCCUUCCGAGUACUGCAUGGCUCCGGAUGAACUCAAAUCCAACAUUCACGAGCAUAUUUUGAACAUUGGUCGACAGGCAGAAGACCGACUGGACCGCAGACGCAGGCGAAUGGUUAAAAAGAAAAACAUUGACAUUGAGGAGCUGGAAUUUGUGAAGUUUGAAUGCCGGCAAAAGAUUGAAAUUGCUCGUGAUGAGGAGCGUAAAAUAAUGGAACAGCAAUUGUUUGAUGCCCAAGCUGAAAUGGGCGACAAAUUUCAAACGAUGAAGAAAGAACUUGAAGAGGAUUUUUGUCGAGAGAGACGGGAAAUGUCAAAGAUUAUGUGUAGAAAUUUAAGGAGUCAAGCGCGUGAAUUAAUUGUAAAGAUUGCCAAGCAGUAUAGAGAAAAAAUUGAGAAUGAAGUAACGGAAAGAGUGGACAAAGCAAUUCUAAAGAUUCACGAUCAGCUUGAUGUGGUUGUUCGAACAGCAGUGCAAAAACAGAAAGACGUCGAUCUAAAGGAAAUGCGGAAAAUGAGUUACCGCUACGAGGAACUGCUGAAAAAUGUUCAACAUCGUGAAGCUUGCCGUCAGUUGACAACCCUUGCUCAGCAAAUAUGUUCUAAGUGGAUUGAGACUUCCAAGCAUGCAUUUAAUCCAGAAAUAUCCUGUCAAACAUCUUUGGUCAUGCCGGAAGUAGAACACAACGUUGAAUCUAAUGCCAUCGAUGACAGUGAAGGAUUCGUGGAAUCAAGCAGUUUUCUGGAAACUGAUGAUAUGUUUGUGAUCGAAGCUUGCUUUAUGAUGCCAGGGCCAAGUCCCGUUUACAGUUUAGCUGUCAGUGGCUCUGAAUAUGAAUCGGAGACAUCUUCUUCCACUCUGGAAGCGAUCACCUUUGAAGGAAAUGUCUAUGCUCAGCCAGAAUACUACCGAAAAUUUCACGAGAAAUUGUUUCCCACUCCUAUGCUCAAGUGGGAGUCAAUAAAGUUAGAUGAGCAGUUCACAUCUACAGUGGAGGAAUUGACUCCGAUUGAUUCGGAUUUUACCAGAGAAGUGACAAAUCAAAUACUAGCGAAUCAAGAUUUAGAGGAGAAAGAAAUCGUGCUGGCUACUUUAGAUUUGGAGGUGCUGCCUUCCAGUCAAAGGUACUUUCUGUAUUAUUCGCUUUAA